AUGCAACAAGGUCCAGAACAUGUUCCUAAUAUGAACCAGGUGCUGAUAUCCCGGACAGACGUCGUGUUGGGCAGAGACAUCAGUCCGACGUGGAGAGAGAGAGGUUAUAGUAGCGAUGAAGACGAGGGUGGUGAUGGUCGAGAUGAUGGGGGUGACGACGGUGAUGAGGGAGGUGAUGGUGGAGGACACGAUGGUGGUGACGGAGGUGGUGGUGGUGGUGGAUAUGAUAGAUCCGACGAUGGUGACGGAGGUGGUCGUGGAGGUGGUUACGGGGGCUAUGGUGGUGGAGAUGAUGGUGGUCAGGGUGGGAGUAGCCGAGGUAGUGAGGAUGGUGGUCAUGGUGGAGGAGGUGAAGGCCAGGGUGGUAAAGGUGAGGCAGGUGAGCAGGGAGAUGUAUAUGGUUGCAAUGAUGUAUAUGGUGGAGGUGAGACAGGUGGCGGUGUAGUCAGACGAGGGUUUGGUGAUUAUUUCUUUGGGGUUCCUAGCAGUAAUGGUGAUGCACGAGAGUCAGAAGUGCAUUAG